GAAUAUAGCGACACAUGCAGGAAGGCUCAGAGUGCAGCAGCAGCAGCGCGGCGCAGAGAGCAGAGCGGGAAAGUUUUAGUCCUGGAGAAGUGAGACAGCGCCUGUUUGAGGCUGAGUGAAUGAGAAUGGAGAUAGCGGAGAAAGAAGAGUGGACGGCCAGGCAGGGACAGGCAGCCACACUGCUGGGGACAGGACGCGUCCCGGAGCAUCCAGACCAGCAGCAGUCCACCACCAAGUGCAGAGCCGCUCGCAGGAAAAUCAUCACUGCGGUUAUUCUUAUCACAUUACUGGCUGUAAUCCUAGCAGUUAUAUUCAUCUUGAAGCUACACAAUAAUCAAGAAGGAAAACAGUGGACAUGCUCCAAGUUCCGUUGUGGUGAGGAGAGAUUACCUAGCAGCCUUUGCUCUUGUGCUGCAGAUUGUGAAAGAAAAGGCGACUGUUGUACAAAUUACUACACCAUGUGUAAAGGAGUAAAGGGGUGGCUAGAAGAUGAAUGUGAGGAUAUUAAGACACCCCAGUGCCCUGAAAGUUUUUCCAAACCCCCAUUAAUUCUAAUAUCGAUGGAUGGCUUCAGAGCAGAGUAUUUAAAGCGUUAUGGAGACCAACUUUCAACCAUCAAAAAGCUAAGAACAUGUGGAAUUUCUGCAAAAUAUAUGCGUUCUGCAUAUCCUACCAAGACUUUUCCCAACCAUUACACCAUCGUUACUGGGUUGUAUCCAGAGUCACAUGGUAUCGUGGACAAUAAGAUGUAUGAUGUAACUCAUAAUGUCUUCUUCAGUUUGAAGGAAAAGGAGAAGUUUAACCCCUUUUGGUAUCAUGGUGAACCAGUAUGGAUCACUGCCAUGAACAACAAUCUUAAAUCCGGGACCUUUUUUUGGCCAGGAUCAGAUGUGCCUAUUAAAGGAAAAUAUCCAAAUAAGUAUGAAAUCUAUAAUGGAACUGUUCCAUUUGAGAUGAGAGUGAUGACAAUUUUGAAAUGGUUGAGUUUGCCACAAACACAAAGGCCAGACUUUUACACUUUAUAUCUGCACGAGCCUGAUAGAGCUGGACAUUAUUAUGGACCAAUGAGCACAGAGGUGUCUAAGGCUUUGCUGCAGGUUGACCAGAUCAUGCAAAUGUUAAUGGAUGGGCUCAAGCAGAGAGAUCUCCAUAAAUGUGUGAAUCUCGUUCUUCUGUCUGAUCAUGGAAUGGAGGAGGCAUCAUGCACGAAAGCUGCUUAUGUGUCAUCGUACCAGGAGAACACUGAUGCUUUCACAGUCAUCCAGGGCCCCGCUGCUCGAAUCCGACCCAAGCGCCUUCCUGAAGACUUUUUCACUUUCGGGUAUGAUGAGCUAGUAAGGAAUCUUUCGUGCAGAGCUCCUGAUCAGCCAAUGAAGCCUUACCUAAAAGAGCACCUUCCUAAACGACUCCAUUUUGCGAGCAGUGUCCGUAUAGAAAGAGCGCAUCUCUACAUGAAACCUCAGUGGCAAGCAGCCCUUAAACCAAGUGAGGUCAAGUACUGCAGUGGUGGGUUCCAUGGUUCAGAUAACGUCUUUACAAACAUGCAGACAAUCUUCAUAGGAUAUGGACCAGCAAUGAAAUUUAACACAACUGUAGAACCCUUUGAGAACAUAGAAGUCUAUAAUCUUAUGUGUGAUUUGUUGGCAGUUGCUCCUGCUCCUAACAACGGAACUCAUGGGAGUCUUAACCAUCUCCUGAGGAAUCCAACUUAUCAUCCAGUCCACCCUGCUGAGAUGUCUUCAGUGUCCAUCUGUUCUUCUGUUGUCCUGUCUCCGAAAGAUGACCUGGGCUGCACCUGCAAGUUGCAUAACAAAUCCGAGGUGGAAUAUCUCAACCAGCGUCUCAUUACAUCAGUUCCGACAGCCAGACACCUUCAUCUUCCAUAUGGAGCUCCAAGGGUUCUACAAGAGAAUGCAGAAUACUGCAUGCUUCAGCAUUCAUCUUACAUUAGUGCAUACAGCAAGGACAUCCGCAUGCCCCUUUGGGUUGCAUACAGUCUAAAAGCAUUGUCUGAAGUGCAACCCUUAAGUUCCUCACAGGAAGAGUGUGUUCGUGCAGAUGUGCGUAUUCCAGCCGAAGCGAGUCAGUACUGCUCCUUCUACCAGGACAACCAAACACUAACAUAUGGAUUUCUCCAUCCUCCAAAUUUGGCUUCAUAUGGAACUGAGUCUGACUCACUCAUCACAAGUAACAUGGCACCAAUGUUUACAGUAUUCAAAGGGAUUUGGGAUUAUUUCCAUAAUGUUCUUGUGGUAAAAUAUUCAAAAAAUAUGAAUGGCAUAAAUGUCAUGAGUGGACCAGUUUUCGAUAAGGACUUUGAUGGAAAAUAUGAUGACAUGAAAACGAAGAUAAAGAAUUACAUACCUUUACCCACUCACUUCUUCGUGAUCUUGAUGAGUUGUAGGAACGUACAUCAACCCCCACAUCAAUGCGAGAGUCCAAUUGAGGCUGUUUCCUUUAUUCUGCCUCACCGUUCAGAUACCAUUGAGACCUGUCAUAACAGCAGCGAUUAUUCUUGGGUUCAGAACUGGAUUCAGUUUCAUGUGGCACGGAUACGAGACAUCGAGCUUCUCACAGGGCUGAGCUUCUAUCCCGAGCUUUUACCUGUCGAAGACGCCUUACAGCUAAAGACUUUUCUAAAAACCUUUUAGUUUUUAAUGCAAAGCAUUUUUCAAGGACCUCAUAGACCUUGUGACUGUGAGUCUGGAUAUCUUUUGUCUGUCAACUGAGUACCAAAGACUGUAUCUGUAUCACAAUUAACUUUUUUUUAUUAUUGGGAAAAAAUGCUUUAACUUUUUAAAAUAUUAAUGAUGUUUUCUAGGGCUGCAUGAUUUUAUCACAAAAACAUUGUGAUUGUUUUGACACAUAUGGCAAUUGCAAUUUAAACUGCGAAAUUUAACCAUUAAAUGCACCAUUUUAAUUCACAUGUAUUUAAAAAAAAAAGAAAUAAGAAAAGAAAUACUUAAAUUACUGACAAACUCCAUAUAAAAUCCUGACUAUGCAUACAUUACCUAAAAAAUUGCAACCUUUUGCAAGUAAAUAAUUGCACAGGUCCAUAUUGCAAUUUCGAAUUUUAUGCAAUUAAUUGUUCAGCAUUAAUGUAUUCUUACUUUGAUAAUGUCUAUUAUUGUUUAAUUAUAAAGACAAAACCUGCUAAAAUCAUAUUUACAAAGACGAAGUAUCUUUAUUAUGUAUUCAUGCGUACUUUUGUUUAUUAAUUUAUAAAGUUCUGUGAUGAUAAUCUCAAAAACUGUAUAAUCAAAGAAAUUAAAGCUAUAGUUCCUCCUGA